AUGGCAGAUCAUCAUUGUUGUAGUUCACAUUCACAUUGUGAUGAAUCAUCAACUACUGAUGAAACAAAAUCAUCAUCUAGUCCAACACAUAAUUUCUCAUCAAAUGACAUUCAUAAACAUUUUAAUUCGAAUGAUAAUGAUAAUAUAAAUGAAGAAUCUCAAACAGUUUCACAAUUAUUUGAUAUAGCUUGGUCAAAUCAAAAUGAUUUACAAAGUUCAUCGGCUGACACAACAACAGAUGAUUAUUCAAGUAAACUUCUUCAUACAAUACGUUUACUUGAAUCAUUAGAAAAGCGUCUUAUAUCGCUUGAAUUAUUUAGUGAUAAUGAAAGUAUUGAUGAAGUAUCAACAACAAAUAUACGUUAUUUACUUCUCAAUGCAUAUCUUGCUUGGUUAUAUCAAACCAAACGUUCAAAACCAUCACAACGUCUUAUUAAUGUUCAACAUGCAUGUGAUUAUUAUUCGAAAUUUUUAACAAUGACAAGAAAUUAUGAAAUUCAUAAAUAUUCAAUUCCAAAAGCACCGACGAAUGAUGAUUGUGGUAAUAUGGAACAAUUGAACAGUAGAGAUGUUGAUAUGAUGAAAAUGGCACAAGAUCGAGCAUCGAAAAUUCAAGCUCAUUUAAAACGUCGUGAAGAAGAAGAAACUAUGCGAGCAUUUGAAGAAGCAAUGAAACAUGAUGGAAGUGAUGAAGAAGCUAAACGUAAAUUUUAUUUAAGUAAAAUUCGAUGGUGGGUAGAUACAGCAUUAAAUGAUCUUGUUUAUUUACAUGAUGAACUUCGAGUUUUACUUCAACGUAAAUCAAUAGAACCAACAAAUGAUGAUGAAUCUCAUCGACGACCUGGUCCUCUACCUCCUUCACGUCCUUUAAAACCAUUGGUGAUUACACGUGAUAUGUUACAAUCAAAAGCAAUUGGUCUUGGCUAUCCCAGUGCACCUACAAUGACAAUUGAUGAAUUUUAUGAGAGUCUUGCUCGACGUGGUCUUGCACCAACACCUGAACAAUCAAAAGCAAUGGCUUCUGGUCCUAAACUUCCGUCUGCCAGUGAUAUGGAAAAAGAAGAGGUUGCUAAAGAAGCACACGUUGAAAGAGAUGAUCCUGAUAUGAUCAGUUAUUUACGAUCAAAAGAUGACUAUAUGGAUGAUCAUCACCGUGGUGAAGGAAAUCGUCACAAUCGUUCUUAG